AUCAGAUUUAUUUAAUUAUAUCACACGACAGGAGGUCCAGUAUAUUAGAUAAGGAUGUUUCGGUACAUCCUUCUACUUUCGGCCGUGACUCUGGCGUUGGCCUAUAAAAACCCUCACUAUGCAUCGGGUCGCACCACCAUGGUACAUCUCUUCGAAUGGAAGUGGGAUGACAUCGCUGCUGAAUGCGAAAGGUUCCUUGGACCCCGAGGAUUCGGUGGUAUUCAGGUUUCGCCACCAAACGAGAAUUUGGUAAUCUGGUCCCGCAACCGUCCUUGGUGGGAGCGCUAUCAACCAAUCUCCUACCGUCUAGUAACAAGAUCUGGAAAUGAAAAUCAAUUUUCGAAUAUGGUGCGUCGCUGCAACAAUGUUGGCGUCAGGAUUUAUGUGGACGCCAUCAUCAACCACAUGACUGGAACUUGGAAUGAGAAUGUUGGUACAGGUGGAAGCACAGCCGAUUUCGGAAACUGGCACUAUCCUGCUGUUCCUUACGGCAGGAAUGACUUCAACUGGCCUCAUUGUGUCAUUACUGGCAACGACUACAACUGCUGCCCUGACAGAGUGCGCAACUGUGAAUUGUCUGGUCUGAAAGACUUGAACCAAGGCUCUGAUUAUGUUAGACAGCAGAUUCUAAAUUAUAUGAACCGUCUUAUUGACAUGGGUGUUGCUGGUUUCAGAAUUGAUGCUGCAAAGCACAUGUGGCCUCACGAUUUGCGAGUGAUCUACGAUCGUCUCCGCAAUUUAAAUACCGCCCACGGUUUCCCAUCCGGUGCUCGUCCCUACAUCUACCAAGAAGUCAUCGACCUCGGUGGUGAAGCUAUCAGUCGCAACGAAUACACUCCACUUGCUGCCGUUACUGAGUUCAGAUUUGGACUGGAACUCAGUCAAGCUUUCCAAAGAAGAAACCAGCUUAGAUGGUUGGUUAACUGGGGUCCACAGUGGGGCCUUCUCGCUUCUGGAGACGCUUUGACUUUCAUUGACAACCACGACAACCAGAGAGGUCAUGGCGCUGGUGGAAACAUCUUGACAUACAAGCAAUCCCGACAAUACAAGGGCGCUAUCGCUUUCAUGUUGGCACAUCCUUAUGGCUACCCUCAAUUGAUGAGUAGUUUCGCCUUCACGGACACCGAAGCUGGACCUCCAAUGAACAGCAGGGGUGAUAUCACCUCUCCUACUAUCAACGCUGAUAAUUCUUGCGGCAAUGGUUGGAUAUGCGAGCACCGUUGGCGUCAGAUCCACAACAUGGUUGUCUUCAGGAACACCGCUGGUAACGGUGCCCUUACCAACUGGUGGGACAACGGUAGCAACCAGAUUGCUUUCUGCCGCGGCAACCAGGCCUUCAUUGCUUUCAACAACGAUGCAUGGGACAUGGACCAGACUCUUCAGACUUGUCUCCCCGCCGGAACAUACUGCGAUAUUAUUUCCGGCGCCAGGUCUGGUAACCGCUGCACUGGAAAAUCUAUUGUAGUAGGCAGCGAUGGUCGCGCUCGUAUCAUCCACCGCAGCAACGAGUAUGACAUGAUGGUUGCUAUCCAUAGGGGUGCUGACUCGAGAUUGUAAAACGGGAACCGUACUGGCAAAUAUUUUGAAGACUGGAAAUCUGAAAAUUGUAAAUAUUAAUUGUGAAAUACAUUUAUGUCUUUCUUAUAAUAAUGUUUUAAUUUUUAUGAUUAAGCGAUUUUCUUAUCAAGGUUAUUGCUUUCUAAGAUUAGAAAUAAUAAGAUUUAAUAAAUACAUAAUAUAAA